UGUCGAUCAAUACAGCCGACAGUAUCUUAUCUGUAUUGUAUAUGCCUAUUCUUUUCUAUUGCCUAUCAUAUUCCUAUCUAUAUGCCAUUGUCGUUGCCAUUCUUUGUCAAUCAUCUCUAUUGUCUCUGUCUCUGUCUCGGUCUCGGUCUCUGUCUCUGUCUCUGUCUCUGUCUGCUCUUUUCUCUAUUGAUUGUCAUGUCUAUGAUGGAAACAAAAUAUCUGCUCGGCUUCCGUGGCCUGCUCGCCAUCCAAGCCUUCCUCUGGGUCUUCCUGCAAACGUUUGUCCCGGCCGCCGUCUACGCCGCCGACAACGAGAGCAGCGGAGACAAGCAGGCCGCCUCGCUCGUCCGCAAGACGCUCUCCGUGCUCUUCUGGAACGAAUACUUCCUCUACGGCGCCCUCGUCUUCCUCUCCGGCCGCUCCCUGGCCAUCCCCUUCCUGCAGCAACCGGGCCGCGAGCGCAUCGCCCGCUCCCUCAUCACUCGCGGCAUCCAGCUGUGGUUCCCCGUCGCCGUCUCGCUGGCGAUCGUCACCGUCGCCUUCAGCGUCACCUCCACCGAAUACCUCGCCGUCUUCAAGGCUCGCUCCGCCAACCCGGUUCUCGAGGUGCCCUACCUCCUGCCCAACACCUUUGCCUACUUCAACGCCGUCUUCGAUCUCUUCUGGCAGACGCACAAGCUCCAGACCCAGGCCGCCAACCGCGCCUUCCCCUCCGCCACCCUCUGGCUCCUCAACGCCGUCUACCUGCAGUCCUUCACCGUCUACAUCGCCAUGGUCAUUGUCCCCUACACCCGCGCCCGCUGGCGCGUCCACGGCGCCAUCCUCUUCGUCAUCACCGCCUGGUGGUGUGAUUCCUGGGCCUGGUAUACCAUCUCCGGUCUCUCCCUGUGCGACAUGGUCAUCAACAUGGACUGGAAGGCACACGCCGCUCGAGGCAUUCCAGUAGCCUAUAACAACAACAACAACAACAACAACAACAACAAGACCAGCUUCCGGAUCCCCGUUUACAUCCCUUGCUCCCUCUUACUCGUCGCCGGUCUGCUCAUGCAGUAUCUCUGGGCCGCGUAUCGCCCGGACCUGUUCGAGAGGGAAUACAAAUACCAUACAAACAUGUACUACACCUCCGGCCUCAACGACGAAUAUACCACCCACCACAUCCCCGCCAGAGACGACGUCUACCUCGUUCUCUUGGGUGUCUUUGGCUUCAUCGAGAGCUACACCGUCAUCCAGCGCGUGCUCGAGAAUGCCGUCUUGCUCUUCCUGGGAAAGAGAUCCCUCAGCUACUUCCUCAUCACCGCGCCCAUGCUCUACAUCGCCGGCAUUCCUCUCUUCUCGCAUCUUCACUUCUCCCAGCACGUCUCCUUUAGCGGUUCCUGCAUCGCCACCCUCCUCGUCUCGCUGCUUCUGGUCGCUGUCGCCGGCGAGCUGUUCUAUCGUCUGGUCGAGCGCCCGACCAAAUUACUCGCUCAUGCGUUUUAUGACUUUAUCACGGCAUAACAGUAGAAUAGGAGAAUAGAAUAGUAGAAUAGAAUAUCAUCUUCUUGAUUAUCUUAUUAUCCGACCCCUCUUUCUUUGUCAGCAGCUUCUCCCUUCUUAUUCUCCCUUCUUAUUCUCCCUUCACCUUAUUCUACCCUCUCU